AUGGAAAAAACAAGAAGAUUUGCGGAAAAAAAUUCAACAACAGACGACGAAGACAAAUCCUCCGAUUCAUCAGUAGAAACUUUAACUAAUGAUUUUAUUGAAGACAUAAGAUUGGAAAGAGAAGAUUCGUCAUCUUCAGGUGAGAAUUUUGUUAUAUCUCGUAUGAAAAAUAAAGUGCUUUACCUAACUGAAAACCAAGAAAACGAAAGUCCUCGUAGAUCAAUAAACAAAGUUACCAGACAUCCUACUUUGAGACCAUACUAUGAUAAUUCACGAGAUAAAUAUCCCGAUGCCUCAAGGCUCUUAAGAUCAAAAGUAAAUGAAGAUGAAGAAGGACAUUAUAAUUAUAACCCUGAUGAAAUUGAAAACCAUGCAAUACUUAAAACUAUCAUGGUUGGAAGCGACUUUCAAGCCCAAGUACCAGAAGGGUUAUGUCAUUACGACGACGCUUUGCCAUACGAAAAUGACGAUAAAUUAAUUUGGGAUCCGUAUGUAAUAGAAAAUGCAGUGGUUGAGGAUUAUCUAAAAAAAGCUGAAGCUGCUAACAAACCCCCAUUACCACUUGGUAAUCAUCUUCGAGAUAAUGAGCAAUAUCUUUAUAUACUGCAACAAUGUGGGCACAACGUUGAAGAAGCUUUGAGACGAUUGAAGAUGAACAUUGGUUUCGGGAAUGAAAAUAUGUCACCUUGGUCCGAAGAAGAGUGUCGCAACUUUGAAGCUGGAGUACGGUCGUUCGGAAAAAACUUUUAUCUGACACAACAAAAUAAAGUGCGUACGAGAUCAGUUGGAGAACUCGUCCAAUUUUACUAUUUAUGGAAGAAAUCCGAACGACACGAUAUAUUUGCGAAUAAGGUUAGAUUAGAAAAGAAGAAGUAUGCCCUUCAUCCAGGCGUGACUGAUUUUAUGGAUAGAUUUUUAGAGGAUCAAGAUAUGAGGGAUAGUAGUUCUUCGCCAAAUACACAAGUUGCCGAUGAUAAAAAAGGUCCAGAUAAUCAAAUAACUAUUUCAAAAAAUGAAGUGUAG